AUGCCCAAUAGAAACAAGACUCGCUACGAAUUUGGUUUGACUCCUGUCACAAAGAAUAACAUACCACCGUUAAACGUCUUGCUAGACGCUGCUAACGCACUUCUUGCUUCAACUGUGCGCUGGCCGCCCGGAAAAACAUACUACGAUGGUAUGGUUCAGACUUUUUCCCACAAAGAGCCGUCUGGACCCAAUUGGCAUGGUCGCUUAAGACGCGCUCUAUUUGUAUUGCCCUCAAGUUAUCACCCGGCAGAACAGGGAACGUUCCACGAGUUUUGGGAAGUCAUUGGCACUCGACACUGCCAAGCCCAAGAGGAAUACGUUCCCGAACUAGUUUCUGCCACCCAUCUCGAACCAUACCUUGACGGAGACUACAAUGGUUGGACAUACCACUACACAUACUCUCCGCCCGUUUCUCCACGCACGUUUACAGUUCUUCUUGCCACAUCACUCGACGACAAUCCACCUCGUCAAGCAUGGGUAAUCAAUAUACCCUUUGAUGUUGGUGAUAACGAGGGCCUAAAAGCGCUCGAAGAAAGAGGCGUCCGUGGCCGGUUCACGUCGGUCGACCGCCUCCUCGAAGUUGAUGGAAAAGUGGAAUGGAUACCACGCCAGGAUAACCCAUUCUUGUCUCGGGCUAGGGGCGCAACGAUGUAUCAAAUCGGGGGUUCAAUCCCAAAUUUUAUACCGGAAAGGGGAAUGCCUAGGCAAAUUGCCGAGCGUGUUGCUCAAGUAGUGGAAUACAUGGCUGCUCGGCGACAAGGUCAAUCUGGCCGUAGACCCAAACUGGUAUCUCGCUCCAGUUCACUCUCCAUUGUCAAGCGUGCUAGACGUCGUUCUGUGCAGGCUCUGACAAGCAUGGAUGCUGGCGCGUCAGGAUCAUCUCCAACUCCAACAACUCCCGCGAGUACAGUUACCGGAGAUGGAUCGCCUGCGGGGGCAAGACCGGCCUCAACCUCAACUACACAGUAG